ACAAAUAUGUUUGUAAGUAUUUAUCCGUUCUUACCAACGGAAAAAUAUUUACCCCAGAUGUUUAGCAUUUAUUUUCCCCCACAUUGAAAAUUCUCUAACUACUGUAAAUUGCAAUUAAUAUAAAUAGUUGAUAUUUGUCAUUAAAUUAUGUCAAGCAAUAUAGUGAAAGUAUUAUCAAUCAAUUAAUAGAAAAUGUCAUUGUUAAAAAAGGCACCAUCUGAUAUAGUUAUUUUAUCAGCCUUGAGAACUCCUAUUACUAAAGCUAUCAAAGGUGGGUUAUCUAAACUUUUCCCGGAAGAAUUAUUAUAUGAAGUAUUAAAAGGUUCCAUUGAAAAAUCAAAUAUUGAUCCCAAUUUGGUAGAUGAUGUCUUGGUUGGAACUGUUUUACAAACUUUAGGUGGACAAAAGGCAUCAGCCUUGGCUGUGAAAAAGGUAGGAUUUCCUAUUAAAACAACUAUAAAUACAAUUAAUAGACAAUGUGCUUCAUCGGCACAAGCAUUAACAUAUCAGGCAGGUACUUUACUGUCAGGUGAAAAUCAAUUAGUAAUCGCUGCAGGGGUUGAAUCUAUGACUCAUGAUUAUUUCCCUCACCGGGGUAUUCCUACUCGUAUUCACGAACCUUUCAAAGUAUCAGCAAGUGAUGAAGCCAAGAAUGUAUUAAUGCCAAUGGGAAUUACGAGCGAAAAUGUCGCUACUAAAUAUGGUAUUACAAGACUUGAUCAAGAUAAAUUUUCAGUUGAAUCUCACUUAAAGGCAGCUAAAGCUACUGAAUCUGGUCAUUUUGCUAAAGAAAUUAUACCAGUUAAUGCUCGAGUUAGUGAACCAGAUCAGCCAAUUGAAUAUAAAAAUAUAUCUAUAGAUGAUGGUAUUCGAGCAUCUUCCACAUUAGAAAAAUUAUCAACUUUAAAGCCAGUAUUUGCUGAAGAUGGUACUACCACUGCAGGUAAUUCUUCACAGAUAUCCGAUGGUGCAUCUGCUGUUAUUCUUACCACUAGAAAGUUUGCUGAUGAGUUAGGAAUUAAACCUAUUGCAAGAUUUUUAGGUUCUUCAGUUGCAGGAGUUCCAUCGGCAUUUAUGGGUGUUGGACCCUCUGAAGCGAUUCCACAAUUAUUAAAUCGUUUAAAACUUUCAGUGAAUGAUAUUGAUAUAUUUGAAUUAAAUGAAGCAUUUGCAUCACAAUCUCUUUAUUGCAUCAAUAAAUUAAAUCUUGAUAUUAAUAAAGUAAAUCCUUAUGGUGGCGCCAUUGCUCUUGGUCAUCCAUUAGGAGCUACAGGAGGUAGAGUUAUUUCUACUUUAUUGAAUGGAUUAAAAGCUCAAAACAAAGAAUUAGGAAUUAUUUCCAUGUGUACUUCUACAGGACAAGGUUAUGCUGGAUUAUUUGCCAAUGAAUAA